AUGCUCAUCCUCCACUCGCUUCUGAAGGCCUUUUUGGUAUCUGCUCUCAUUACGCGUGUCACUCCUGUCUUUGCUGAUGAAGCUCCUAUUGUAACCAUUGCUUCGGGCGUUGUCAUCGGCACUACUACCAAGCCUGCCAACCAACCUGGUCUGCCAGCUUCAGCAAAUAUCUGCCUAGGUGUUCCCUUUGCCAAAUCCCCCCCAGAACGCUUCUCUCGACCAGAAGCUGUACAGCCAUGCUCGUCCCCUUUGCAAGCAAACACUCUGAAACCGGCGUGCAUACAGCAGUUCUCGGGCAAGAAUCGUGCCAAGGUCACAGAGUUUUUCAAUAACCCGCUACACGAGCCUCCUGAGGAGAGUGAAGACUGUUUGUAUGUGAACGUCUACACGCCUGCUGGUGUGAAUUCGACCAGUAAGAAGGCAGUGAUGUUUUGGAUCUUUGGGGGCAACUUAGCCUUUGGAACCGGAGGACUGAACUACUAA